CACCGAGCUGGGCGCGUGAGGGUGACGGACUGGGGGAGGCCGGACCCCGGCUUCCCGCAGCUGGAACCCGACCGAGCCCCUGCCCCACAGCACUACGCGCCGUCGGUGUUUGAGAAGUACUCGGCCAGCGUGACGGUGGGCAGCAAGGAAGUGACCCUGAACCUCUACGACACGGCCGGGCAGGAGGACUACGACCGCCUGCGGCCCCUGUCCUACCAGAACACCCACCUCGUGCUCAUCUGCUAUGACGUCAUGAACCCCAUCAGCUACGAGAACGUCCUCAUCAAGUGGUUCCCAGAGGUCACGCAUUUCUGCCGCGGGACCCCCAUGGUACUCAUUGGCUGCAAGACCGACCUGCGGAAGGACAAGGAGCAGCUGCGGAAGCUCCGGGCGGCCCAACUGGAGCCCAUCACCUACAAUCAGGGCCUGAGCGCCUGCCAGCAGAUCCGGGCCGCGCUCUACCUGGAGUGCUCGGCCAAGUUCCGGGAGAAUGUGGAGGACGUGUUCCGGGAGGCCGCCAAGGUAGCGCUCAGCGCGCUCAAGAAAGCGCAGCGGCAGAAGCACCGCCGCCUCUGCGUGCUGCUGUGACCCGGCGGACC